AUGCGCGACCAUAUUGGCUGCCGGCGCGAGACGCGCCUCGGAUUUGCGGAUGCGCCUCGUGCAAUUCGACUUCCAACUCUGCUACGAGAUAUACGACUGGAUUCCAUCAAUUUCGUUGAUUUGUCCAGCCUGACUGGUUCAACGUCCUUCGAUCUGUUCAGCUUGAGUCUACGGAUACUUUCGUAUAACCUCCGCAAGAUGCAGAUGCACGCUGUAGCUGACAGGAUGCUGUUUUGGCCCGAUGAUGACGGGGUAACACCGUUCUGGCUGAAUUUAGAGCUUUUAACAGUCUUGUUCCAGUUCUGUUCACCGAAGGGAGACUGGUAUUUUGACGCCCCCGUAGCGGACUCUGGGGACGAGGACGAGGACCGAACCAGCUAUACAACGAAAGAAAAGAUACGCCUACAAAUCAGAUUUAACAAGAUCAAAGCAGCAUUAACAGAUCCGAAAAACGCCAAAACAUCAUGGCAUCCGGAUCUAAACGCACAGGACGAGAAGUGGGACACGGAGGGUCGCCACGAGGACUUCAUCACCAGAUGGGAGGGCCAACUGCGCACCCAGUACUGCUUGGCCAAACGCAAAGAUACCGAGAUCAGUCAAAGGAUUCCGGUCGAGGUUACGUACCGCGCCUAUUGA